AUGGCCUUGGUGUGGCUCAUGGUGUUUCUGACAUCUGUCUCCGGUCUGCUGCAAAUGGAGGAAGAUCCCAAUUUACUGAUUAAGAACCUAAGGAUGGAGCCGGGAGAAAGGAGACUGACCUGGGACCUCCAUGGAAAUGCUUCUGAAAUUAUGUGUUUCAUAAAUUCAAAACUUAUCACUAAGGCCAUCGACAACAACCGUUACUGCCAGUUCCAAGUAGUUCCCUUAUGUGAAGUGAAAAACUUCACCAUCUCCUUGACCAAAGGCCCACCAUUCUUGAUGGGGAUUCAGUAUCCUCUGCAAGAAGGAAACCCUGGGGCGGCCGCACAACGUCUGGACUGCUGGGUGCACGAUGUGGACUUCCUGACGUGCAGCUGGGAGGUGGGCAGGGAGGCCCCCAGUGAUGUCCAGUAUCGCCUGUACUGGCAGGAGCUGAGGACCCACAGGGAGCAGGAGUGUCCACAUUACGAAAUGGAUGAUCGGGGGAAACACGUCCGGUGUCGUUUCAAUGAUGUGUCCAGAUUGCCGAAACAGCUCCAGAUCCUGGUGAGAGGCACAAGCCACGGCGCCAGGAUCCCCUGCUUGGACCGUUCUGUCGAAUUAUCAGAAAUUGAGAGAUUAAGUCCACCCAAUAUCACUGCAAUGUGUAACAAAUCAUAUUCGAUGAUGGAAUGGAAAGCGUCAAGCCACGUCAAUCUCAGAUUUGAGUACGAACUUCAAAUACAAAAGGGCAGCGAUCCCGCCUACACAGAGAAGCUCCAGGAAAACUUCUUCCAGAUUCACAAUCCCGGGAACUACAUGGCGAGACUAAAGGUGAAAGGUUUCUUCCGCAACACGUGGAGCGAGUGGAGUGCCCCCCAAUACUUUGCGUGCGACCUCGGGGAGGACGCGCAGUGGCCCAACUGGCUGUUGACCACGCUGGUCUUGCUGGGAACACUGCUGGCCCUGGGACUCGCGGUCGUGCUGUGUGGAAGGUACUCAGUGUUGCAGAAGCUCUUUCCUCCUAUCCCUCACAUGAAAGACCCCAUCACCGACAACCUUGAGGGCAGCAAGUUGGUGGCCUGGGAGGCCAGCAGAGCAAGCAGGGAGGACUGCCCGGUGGCGGAGUCCCUGGACUCCGGGGGUGGGAUACAGCCCGCCACGGCGGGCCCCCUGGGCCCCUCUCUCCGGCCUCCUGAAAUGGGCCCCAUCCAGAUUGCCGCUAACAAGUCGGCUGGACUGUUGUGGCAGAACAAGCAUGUGCACCCACCAGUCUUGAAGAGGAAACUGGCCUUCCACAUCCAGGAUGCCCCAGCCCUGGAGAGGUUCCAGAACCCUCAGUUGGCCUUUCUAGCCCAGGUCCCCCCGAAGCAAUGCCAGGAUCCAACAUUCAGCCUGGAGGAGACUUUCCUCCUGCAGUGA